AAAAACUAAUUUGAAUUUCAGUAAAUAGGCCCCUAGAAAAGCUUAAGUCCUCCGGCUACCUUCGGGUGUAUAGCUUCUUACUGCUACUGUCCUGCCACCUGGUGGUGGAUACUUAGUCCCUGUGUCCCACAGAUGAGAGAAUCCAGUUGGGCGACUACUGUAUCUGUGCAUUCAUGUGGCCCUCACUGGAUCCCUGUAGGCCUGAAAAUCAGAAUUGACAACACUGAUUGGAUCUGCCUUAUUUGGCCCCAUAAAUGAGUUUGACAACCAUAAAAAUUGACCAUGAACUAACGCAAGUACAUUUUUAACAUUUCUAACCCAAAAGCUGACCAACUAAAAACAUUCAGCACUGCGUUUUUCUUCUUCAUUCCAGUGAAGCUUCAAUGUAGGCUCUACCCACAGGCCUCAUGAGGGAAGCUCACGAAACAGCUGUCUUUUUACCUCACAGGAACCAAUCAGCAUUUGAGUCUAAUCAAAUCAGGGAGUAAAGCAAUAAGUACCACAACCUGACUGGUUCCUAGGGGUUACUGUUCCAGAGUAACGUUUCCCUCAUGGCUUCCUGACUCGUCCCAUGUUACCCACCAGCCAGCGUAUCAAAAUUUGCGUCAGCGAGUGGAUAACUUUGUCGCCAGUCACUUAGCAAGCCAUACAUGGAGUCCUCAUCUAAACAAGAACCAGCUGAGGAACAACAUCAGGCAGCAGGUGCUUAAGUCUGGAAUGCUAGAAUCUGGCAUUGACCGAAUUAUUUCACAGGUGGUUGACCCAAAGAUAAACCACUUAUUCAGGCCUCAGGUGGAAAAAGUCGUCAAAGAAUAUUUGGCCAUGAAGAAUAAUAAAGAAGACGGAAAUGUAAAUACAGAGCAAAACGAGGAGAGAUUGGAAACCUCAAUCUCUGUUCCUGGUUCUCUUCCAGCAGUUGGGCCUAGCACCAAUGUAGCGAGUGAUGCAAUGUCCAUUUUGGAAACAAUUAGUUCACUGAAUCAAGAAGCAACUUCUGCCCGUUCCCUGGUGGAUACUACAAACCAUAAAAACAGCGACAAAGGGGCCAAGAGAACAAUACAACAAAGUGUUGAUGUUACAGCAGAAAAGGAUUGUACUUCAGAGGAAACUCCAGAAUUGGAAAAAUCUGUCCCUGACAUGCUCGUGGCAGAAACAGAGCUUGAUAUAAAGACAGAAGAUUCCAUUGAUAUUUCCUCCACUGUAGAAGCUUUGAAACUGCCUGAUACAGCUGGUGUCUCACAAAGCAAAGAUGUUCCAAAUAUAAGUGAGGAACCCAAGCCUAAAGCUGUAGAGAGUGAAAAGAAAAAUGAGGUCAGUGAAACAGAGAAGAAAGAGGAGAAGAAGGAAGCAAAGACUGAAAAAAGGAAAGAGUUCCCCAAAAAAGGUGAUGAUGCUGUAAAGGAGGAAAGGACUGCGAAGGAAAAUGAACUAGACAAGAGCAGCUGUAAACAGAAGGCAACUAGUACCUUAAAAGAAGAGAAUCUCUCUGUAGAUUCAGAUAUUGAUGAUUAUACAGAUGUCACCGUCAGCUCUGUGCAUACAAGUGACCUAUCUUCGUUUGAAGAGGAAAGUGAGGAAGACGCAGUGGUUUCAGAUAGUACUGAGGAGGGAGAAAUUACCUCCGAUGGUGAUGAAGAGGACAAAGUAGAUGACAAGAAUAUUGCCAAGCCAGAAACUGAGCAAAACGAAGUAAAAACCAAGUCGAGUCGUCCGCUGUAUGUGCACAAACCAUACUUGUACUACAGUGAUUCUGAUGAUGAACUGUCAGUGGAGCAACGUCGGCUGUCCGUUGCUAUGGAAAAAGAAGAGAGACUGCUGAAAAGACGAAUGAAAAGGGAGAAAUUGGAAGAAAAGCGUAAGCAGAAAGCAGCUGAGAAAACAAAGCACUCGAAAAUCAGCCAGGGGAAAGCUGGAGCUUCCAAACACAUCAAGGCAAAAUCGACCAGCAUAAAGGAGGUGCUAAAAGAACAAAUGUUUUUAGAAAAAAAAGUAGCAAGGAGCAAGAAGAAAAUAAGAGAGUCACGGAAUGAAAAAAAUACCCUGAAACCAAAAUGUGACCUUUUGGAAGACGAUAUGAAGGAUUUCAUGAAAAAUGAGUCACACGACAAACCAUUACUUGCCAAAGAAGCAAAAUCUAAUAUUGGAUGGAGUGAAAAGCCUUUUAAAGUAAUGGCAGAAUCAGCAGAAGAAUGUAAAACUGACAUUCGAAUAGAAAAGGAAUAUAAGAAAAAAACACCACUUGAAAAGAACGAGACGAAUGUUGAAGAGCCACAAAGACAGGAAAGUGCACAUAAAACAGAAAAAAUUGUAAAGAAGGAUGGCCAUGAUUGUGAAUCACCCAGCAUGAAAGUGGAACAGAAAAAGGAGAGGUCGUCCUCCAAAGACGACAAGUCGUCCUCCAAAUAUAGAUCUAAAACAGACAAUAUACAUAAAACAAAAGAUGAUUCUGACCCUCAAAAAUUCAAGAAAAAUUCAAAAGAUGAUGAUACCUUACAUAAGCGUAGUCAAAGCAAAUCCAGCUCUGAAGAAAGAUCUGAUCGAAAAAGUAAGCAUAAACAUGAAAGCAAAUCUUCCUCCUAUAGUAAAGAGGAGAAAAUCUCAGCGACUGAGAAUAUUAGCAAAACAGGUGAAAGUGUUCUCCGGGAGAGUAAACGAGAAAGAUGCCAGUCGGAGGAAAAAUCAAGAUCCGAGCACAAGUAUAAGCGAUCCCUUAGUGAUUCCAGAACACACAGAGACUCGCAGAAUGAUUCAAGACAACAUAGUAGUAAUUCUCAGAAAAAGUCAAAGCUUUCUUCUGAUGAUAAAAGUGAGUCGGAUAUAGCACGCACAAAUUAUGCAAAGCAAGAGGAAAGCACAAAUAGAGAUAAAAGAUCAUACAGCUGCUCAGAAGAACGUGUUUCAUCAAAGGCAAAAUCAAAAAGUAGCAGCAAAUUGUCAAAACUUGGUGACCAGGAAGAACCAGCACAAAAGAAUGGCAAUGAAGAAGCAAAAGAUGCAGUCACUGCUCAAACAUCAAGUACAGUAUCAAAAGAUGCCAGUUCUAAAUCCAAACAUUCAGGAGACAAGGAAAAGGUGAAAUCUCGAAGUGACAAUAGAGAACAUUCCACUUCAAAACUGGAUAAGAAGCAUGUGGGAGAAAAUACAAAAAGUACAAGCUCAAAGCACAGCCAUAAGGAUUCAAAACGGAAGGGGGAGAGCAGUAAGUCUGACAAAAUAGGUUCCAGAAGCACUGAUGAAAAAAGGGCACAAGAAAGAAGCAGUUUGGAUAGAAAAUCAAGUAAAAAAACCACAAUGGAAUUUAAAGGUGAAAGCUCUAAAAGUGGUAUGCCUUCUAAAAAUGGUUCAAAACUAGAAAGUGAUGGAUGUGAUAAUGCCGGGAGAAAAAGAAAGCUUUCUUCAUGUUCUUAUGACACCAAAGACAUCCUAGCUAUAACGAAUGAAGAACUUUCUUGUGAGAGUGUAAAAACAGGAGGAAAGGAGAGAGAAUCUAAAUCUGCUGAAACAGUAGCCGCCUCAGAGGCUUUGGUUGAAUUAAGCAACUUUUGUCUUAAUGUAGAUGCCACUAGCACAGAGAGUGAAUAUGGAAAGGAGAACCGACUAAUGCAAACGUCUAACGUUCGCGAUCUAAAUGCUGCAUCAGCAUUUUCAAAUAAUUCUUCAGGUGAACACCGUGAACAUGAUACCAGACAAUAUUCAGAGACUGCUGCUGCUGCUGCAACUACAGUAGACAGUGGAAGAUGUUUAGAAAGGUCCCAUGUAUCAAAUGCUGAAAGUACUUCUAUUAGCCAUGUUGUAGAUCUUCAUCAUGAAAGUGGAGGUGAACAUUUUGGUCUUGAACAGACAAGUCCUAUGCCGGAAUCACAUGUUAACAUUAAUUCCCGCAUUUCUCCUCUUGAUGUAUCCUCUGAAAUAACAGAGGCAAACAAUGUGAUUUCAACAACUGCAGUCUGUGACACUCAUGUGAAUCAAGACGCAUUUAAAAUAGAGCAUGUCGGCUCUAACUGUGAUGCUUUGGUAGUAGACAACAUUGUAACUGGAAAUGAUGUUGAAGACCACAUGCAGAUGGCCAUUGAUAAAGAUUUGGCAGAGAAUAAUUCUGAAUCGACUUUUGGGACUUGUAUGAUUUCUUGUACCGAAAGCAGUGCAGAAAGUACAAUUGUACAAACAAGUUCUGAAAGAAAUAGCGAUGCCUCCUUUUCAACUCGUGCACAGGACAGAAAAACAUCGGAGUGCGAGGAUACUGCCACAUCAUCCUGCUCCACAAUUGAACAUACAGAGAACGUGUUCCUCAGAGGAACCAUUAUUUAUACGAACAGUUCAAGUGAAAAUGCUGCAACAUCAACAAACAUACAGCUGGAUAAUGUUAUGGCCACAAACAGUAGUGACAAUGCUGUGGGUGCUGGUAAUAAUGGGGAGUGCACUGCCACCACUUCUGCUGAAUUUGGAAACUUAAGUGAAGCAGAUGUUACAAUGUUUUCUGAAAAUAGCUUUGAAGUUGCAACAACUUCCAGCACUCGUGUAGUAUGCUCUCCAGAAAAAAGCAUGGAAAGUGCAGCAACUUCAUCUCAGGGAGAAAUCUGUGUUGUACCAAAAGUAGAAGCUAUUUGUGAUAUAAUAUUGAAACCUGCCACUUCUUCAGAUGGUAAUAUGUCCUCUUCAGCAGGCACCCCUAUAAAUGCAGCAACAUCUUCUAACAAUCAGGAAAGUUAUACAGAGAAUAGUGACUUUAGUGAAGUUAUUGAAAAUUCCUCAAGACAUGCAGCAUCCUCUUCUGUCAGCAUAGAAGAGAAUGAUGAUAGGCUAUUGAGCUCUGAAAAUAUCCUUACUCAUGCAGCGACUUUUUCUGACCAUGCAGCUAAAAAUAAAGCUGCUCAUUUGGUUUCUGAUAAUGACUCCACGAAUGCAGCAACAUCCUCAUACAAUGAUUUGGGGAGAGAUUCACUUUCAAUUCCAGAAAAUGUACGAAUGCUUGCGGCGACAUCUUCUGACAAUGUGGAGGUGCAUGAUGAUUGUUUUGUUGUUAGUAAAAAAGGGGGGUUAGUUGCAGCAACUUCAUCUGACAUUGGAGUGCCACACUCCAACCCAAAUGGGUUUUCUGAUGGUAUUGGUAUAUUCACACAUGCAUCAACCUCUUCGGACGUCCAUGUAGAUAACAAGGUUCUUCGGGGGUCUGACAUUUUUUUGGUAAAUGCAGCAACCUCUUCAGACAGCACUGGAGAAAACUAUGGUGUUCCUCAGGGCUCUGAAAAUGUUCAUGAACAUGCAGCAACCUCUUCAGAUAUCUGUGUAGAUAAUGGCAACACUCUUGAGGGAUCUGAAAAUGUUCAUGAGCAUGCAGCAACCUCGUCCAAUAUCAGUGUAGAUAAUAGCGGCAGUCUUCAGACAUCUGAAAAUGUUCUGGCAAAUGCAGCAACCUCCUCGGACAGUUUAGCAGAAAAUGUUGUUCUUGGAGUAUCCGAAAAUGUCCUGUCAGCAGCUUCUUCAAGUAGUACAAUUGACAGCAGCAGAGUAUUACAUCUUGAGGGUUCUAGAAUAUCUUCAGAAAUUGGCAAUGAAAAUAUAGCAGCAUCAUCCAGCAACAUAAUGGAGAGCAGUUUGGCAGAUGCUUCUGGUGUAUGGUUGCAACAUCCUAAUGGAGACAAUACAGCAAGCUCUUCAAGUUACUUAGACAGAGACUCCAAAUUUCAGCAUCAAACCACACAGUUGGGUAGUGCUGAGGAAAGCAAAAAUGCUAGAGCAACUUCGACUACUCAGAAGGAUGUUGCCGUUAAUGACAGAUGUUCAAAUAUUAUAUCUUCAGGGACUCAUGUUGUAAACUCCGCUGAUAUGGACCGUAGUCAAAUGGAUGGGGGCAAUGCAGCAAGCUGUUCAAGUAGUGGUACAGAACAAGGUUACAAAGACCAUAAACAUACAGAUCACCCAAGAGAGAAUACAGCCUCAUCAAGCUGUGCAUUCGAUAACGGUAUAGAAGAUAUAUGUGUUGAUCCUGAAAUUCCAAGCCAGAAUGGAAGUGAUGAAGCUGCAUCAUCCUCCAGUUCUUUAAAUAGUAGCAGCAGUGUUCAACAUCUAGUCCAUAAAGCCUCAUUAAGUCCCAACAAUGCAAACAUUGCAGAAUCUUCAAGUGUUGCAAUGAACAGCAGUAGUGAUGGCCUGAAUUUUUCUGUACGAUGCCCUGGAAACAGUACUGAUGAUGCUGCCACCUCAUCAAGCAACAUAACAGUUAGAGGAGCAGACUAUGUCAUUGGCAACAAUACACAAGCUACAACCUCUUCAAAUAUUUCCAUGGACAGCAGUACUGGGGAAGACAUAGAGCUGGAUACCGAAAAAGCAAGUACUUUGACAUCUUCAAGCACUUUAUUGAACAAUGAGAAUAGAGCACAAGCUCUUGAGACUGAAAAAGACAGUGUUACUGCUUCUUCUAGUACUGCGAUAGAAAACUGCACAAAUGCAAAUGAAGAGACUACAGGUAGCUCCGAUAAAGUCAGUGGGAAUGCAGCCACUUCUAGUAAUCUUACUUAUAGUAGUAACGAGAAAAAUACUAGUUGCAAUGCGAUUUCUGAUAUUAAUACUGCUACUACCUCCACAGCUAUUGAAGAAAGAUUUACUGCAGAUGAGCGAACUGAAAACCUAAACAUUUGUUGUGACAUCAACAGUGAAGCUACAGCAGCUUCUUCAAGCAAUGCCACGGAAUCCUCCUCCGAUAGUGGUGGAGGAAAUGCAACAUCCUCAGAUUGUGUGAUGGAUUGUAGCUUAGAAGGAGAAAAUGUGUCUCAGACCACACAUCAGGAUAAAAAUGAGGAGGCUGCUAGUUCUUCCAGUCUAUCUACUAAUAUGAGGCUGCAGGAGAUCCAGACUGAGACAGUGGGCAGCCAAAAUCUUGAAGAUGCAACUACUUCAUCCAGCACAGAAAGAGCAAAUACUUCAUUUGUCUAUAGCAGCAACACUAGUGAAUGUAAUGGUCGUUUUCACAAUGUCGAGGCAGCAGUUGAGUCAAGCUUAACAUCAAGAAGUGACAUUGACGCAUCUGGUACUCCAGGAGAGACUAUGGCUUUGUUGCCAAGUGCCAUGAAUGCAGCUAUGCAUCCUGAACUAGACCAUGUAAAUCUGGAUUAUGAAAGGGCCAAUGAAAAGGAGGAUGCUGUGAGUAGCGCGAGCUCUCAAGAACAUAAGAUACCCAGCAAUGGUUGUAGGCAAAUUGAAAUGCUAACAAGAGAUGGAGAAGUCGAUGGAGCUGUUACCAGCGGUGGAGCAGAAGUGAGUGAAUCCUCUAUGGUUUCUGAAAAUUCUGAGACAUUUGGUCUUGUGACUUUUGCAAAAGCAGGGGUAAUUGUUGAUGAUGGCAAUGUACUCCAUGUCCCAGUGGAGGAAGCGCCUGUCUCUAACAGAACUGACGCUAGUGAUGAAAGCUUGGUUAUAGAGGAUACAGAAAACAAUCCUUCUUUUGAGAGUGGAAAUUGUGAGACUGCAAGUAUAGGUGAUACCAAUGAAGCCGAACCCCCAAACCGGCAACUUUCAUUAGAGGAAGGGGAAGGUGCUGUCACCAGCACUGGGAUAACAGAAGAAAGUGAUAGAGCAAAAGUGAGGCAGGACAUAAGAAAAAGUGACAGUUCUUGCACUGGGGCUGAAAUUGAGCCUGGUGGCCAUGCCAUGAGCAGGCAAGAGGUGACUGAUUCAAAUGCAAUUAUAGAAGAUGAUGAGAGUGCUAUCACAAGUACAGGUGCAAAAGAAGAGGAAGAGGAAGGUGAGGGAUUUGUAACUAGCACUGGAACUGCAAGUGAAGAUUCUUCCUUAUCAGCCAGCGAUGAGAAUUCUAAUUGUGCUCAAACUUUUAAUUCUAAUAGCAAGACUCGACAUACAGCUGUUCGUUGUGAACAUGAGAGCGAGUGGAAAAGGAACCACGAACUUACUGAAGAAAUGACUCUGAGCGUAAUUAUUGCAAAUCCAGCAGGUAGUGCCCAGAGCAUGGCAGGCGUAAGUACAGAACAGAGUGAUCUGCACACAGCAGAUCAAAAUGCAUCAGCCUUAACUACUGAUAGUACAUCUAUACCAGCAAAAAAUCCACUUCUCGAUCAGCUGGAGAAUAGUUCAGCUGAAAUGGAAAUGGGUACAUCUCCACAUACUGAAGUGAUAUUUGGAGGGGAGAGGAGUGUGUCAAUACAGCCUGCUGCAGAUGACCUGACGACUGCAUUAAAUGUUCAGGGGCAAAAUCUAUUGGAAAUGAAUGAAGAGGACCCGAGCACCUCAGCCGGUGAAAGUGGUUCAGUGAGCAUGGCUUUUCAUUUACAAGAUAAAUCUGCAAUACAUGAUCAAAAUGACCCCAACCUUUAUACAUCUUCCAAACAAGUCCCUUCAAAUGAUGAGCAAACUGUUGCAGACCACACGGAUCCCAAUCCUACUGUUAAAAAUAAAGAUUCGCCUUUGGCAUCUGAAUCUGUACCGAGUAACACCGCGGCUGCUGAUGGCCUGUCCAAUGAGCAUGGCCACUCUUUCGCUGAACAUGAUUCCGUAAACAGUGAGGUAGUAGAAGAAACCGAAUGUUCCAAAGUUCCUGGUGACGGAAGUGUUGUCUUUGCAGAUGAACCUGCAGCUGUUUCUGAGACUGGUGUGUUACAGAAUGAGCAAAAGGAAAUAUCUUGCGAUGCAAAGGAGGAAUGUUUGGAAACCACAAGUGGUGAUGCAGUCUUGGAGACAAAGGGUCAAGUAGAUGAGGAUCUAGCUGAAACCAAAAAUUAUUUGAAUCUGACAAACGGUCAAGAGGAAGAAGUUGAGAUUCCCACAAUCCAACAACCUAAAACAGGGAGGUCUGAAAGGGAUCCAGAAUUAGGGCAACCGCUGGAAUCUUCUGAUCUUGGGAAGGGCCAAAGCUUUGGAGAGGCAACUGAAUCAAAUACUUCAGAAGAACCGCAAUCUACAAAACAAAAGAACCUAGAAACAAUCAAAGAUGUAGAUGCACCGAAAGAAAGUGCUACCUGUGAAACUUCAGGUCCAGAAGCACGAGAGGAGCCUUGUUUAGAAGAAUCCACUCCAAAGGUGAAAAAGCCCAGUGGCCAUAAAAGUCUUGAAAACCUGAAAGAGAGCCUCCCUAAGGAUAACAAUACAGAGGAAAUCCCAGAGGAAGCCAAGCCGCCAGUUGAGACAGAAAAGCGGAAAAGAGGGCGGCCUCCAAAGAAACUGAAUUUGCCUCCAGUUCCUGAUACAGAAUCGUUGCUAAAGGAGAGUUCAGAAGAAGGAAAAACAUCAAAUGCAUGCCAUCGGCAGGAAGAAAGUGUUCAUAUAAAGAAAGAUGUGCAUACCUUGGAGAAGGCUGAGCAUUGUCCGAAACAUUCUGACGAAAGGCCAGAAGAAAAAAGCGUGGAGACUGUUCACCGCAGAGGAAGAAAACCGAAACGUUCCCUCAGCUCUUCAGAGAGUGAACCAGAAAAAAAGCGCAAGAAGUCUGUCUCGGAAGAGGAGGAGCAGGAGAAUGCUGAACAUACAGACGACAAUGAAGAUGAUCCUAAAGGUGCCACAACACGAGCAGCCUCUCGACUGGAAGCAGAGAGAAACCUGCCUCACAAGCCCACUACCCGCGCUGCCUCAAAGUUACGUAGCCCAGAGCCUUCUUCCCGUAAGAAGCGCAAAGAUAAAAAUCCAGCAGAAUCGAAAUCGCUCAAAAACACACACACGAGGAUGAAAACACAAUCGUCUGGCACAAAGCGGCGUCGAGAACCAAGUCCUCCUCCGGCGAAGUCUCGCGGGCAGCAAACAUCAGAAGAAAUCACACCGAAAAGGACAAAGCGUCAGUGAUUUGGCUCUCGGCUGGAUACAAAAUAUGACGAAAUUUAUUUAUAUGACUACAAUCUUUUUAUUCUAAUUUAAUACUCUGUAUAAAAUAUACUUUCAUGAAGUGUUCAUGAUGUAUUAUAAGAUACCCCAAAAAAGCAACAAUGUUGUAUUUAGUUGAAUAGAUUUUUUUUUUUUUAGGAUGGUUUGUUUGGAGCAGUGAUCCCCAACCAGUAGCUUCCCUUGGAUGUUGCUCCCAGUAGCCUCAAAGCAGGAGCUUAUUUUUAA